UUGCGGUCAGUCAUACAAGCCCAGAAAUCAAGAGUAACCGUCUGACCAGUACAUAUCAUAACAACAUUAUAGAAAUAAGAAGACUGACAAAACAUAUUGAUGAGGAUUUCCUAACACUGCAAGUAUGUGUCAUCGAAUUAAUGAUGUCAUGAAGCUGUGUUGUGAGUUAUCUGCCCAUCAGCAAAUCCAGACCACAGUGAAAGGCUCGGGAAAGGGAGCCGCAGCAGCAGGGGGGCUCGCCUUUGCUGGAGGCCUGGUUGGGGGUCCCCUUGGUAUUGCAGUCGGCGGUGCUGUUGGGGGCCUCCUGGGCUGCUGGCUGACCAGUGGACAAUUCAAACCUCUGCCUCAGAUCAUCAUGGAGCUCAGCCCCCAGCAGCAGCAGAAGCUUUAUGAGGGUCUCAUGGCGGUCCUGGGGGACAUUCAGUGGACAGAUGUGCUUCAGUUAACUACUCUAGUGAUGGGGAACGCCGCCCUGAAGCAGCAGGCUACAGCCGCCCUCCUCGGGUACAUCACCAAGGAGCUCCAGGCGGAGGUGCACUAUGUGGAUUAGAGUCUGUGGAGUCAGGGGCGCAGAAGGAUGGAGCCUUUGAAAAGAAUGUGAACUUUUGUUUUGAGAAACUCUUUACUUAAAGUGGACCUUUCAUGCUAUAUUUGAAUAAUAUAUUGUAAAGGGCCAUACCUAUAUAAAACAUGUCU